GAAUGCGCCGCGUUUCUCGCUUUUGACUAAUUAUAAAGUAGCUCUCUCCACUUCGCCAGAUCCUGACUUGGGUGAAGAGCUGCCGAGCCCACAAAAGACAGCGGCCCUGGGAGGGGCCAAGGAGGCAACAGAAGGCAGCAGGCGCCGCAGGUCCAGCCCUUCUCCACAAGAGGCAGACGCUGCUUCGCUCCUCCGCAACUACUUAGGAGCUGCUGCUCCUCCAAACAAGAGACUUCGACCGAGCUGUCGCCUCGCUACUUCUGGACGACUGUGGAUUCGCGAGGAGAAAGAAAUACCAUGACAUUGCUUCUGAGGUGUUAUUUCUUGCUCUUGGCUCUUAUUACAUGCCUCAUCCUUACAGUUCAGGCAGAAUGCAACAAGGACUGUGCAUCCUGUAACCACCGAUUGGCAUACCAUGCUGACAUCAACCCCCUGGCAUGUACACUAGAAUGUGAAGGGAAAUUACCUUCUGCCAAAGCCUGGGAAACCUGCAAGGAACUCUUACAACUUACUAAACUGGAUCUUGCCCAGGAAGGCAAUGGUGCCAUGGAGGACAACCCAAAAGAACAGGAUGAGAGUCAUUUGCUAGCCAAAAAAUAUGGUGGUUUCAUGAAGAGGUAUGGUGGCUUCAUGAAGAAGAUGGAUGAGCUCUAUCAUAUAGAACCAGAGGAAGAAUCUAAUGGAGGAGAAAUCCUUGCUAAGAGGUAUGGUGGGUUUAUGAAGAAAGACUCAGAUGAUGAUGCCUUGGCAAAUUCCUCUGAUCUGCUGAAAGAGCUUCUUAGAACAGGAGAAAAUGCUGAAAAUGGACAUUAUCGGGACAUGAAUGAUGAUGAGGUUAUCAAAAGAUAUGGUGGCUUCAUGAGAAGCAUAAAGCGUAGCCCAGAACUGGAAGAUGAUGCCAAAGAGCUGCAAAAGAGAUAUGGCGGCUUCAUGAGAAGAGUGGGAAGGCCAGAGUGGUGGCUAGACUACCAGAAACGAUAUGGUGGAUUUCUUAAGCGCUUUGCAGAUUCUUACCUUCCUUCAGAUGAAGAUGGAGAAAGUUAUUCCAAAGAGGUUCCAGAGAUAGAAAAGAGAUACGGUGGAUUUAUGAGAUUUUAAUAUCCUCCUUUUUGUCCAUUUUUUGGGUCUCAAAUCAAAGACUGCCUCAUUGAUCAUAAUUUGUUGUAAUGUGUUGCUUGUACUGUACAGUUUUUUACUGUCCUAGUUAAAAAUGCAACCUGCUGUCUGUUAUUUCAAGUUCUGUGCUCUUUUACGUCAACAACUGUUUUAGUCUAAUUUGAGUCUAUGGUUGUACUUUUCAUGCUAAAUCUGUUUUGGUUACCAUAUCCAUUUAUUUAAUACAGUGCAAUUGCUUAAGUGUAUAUAUACAAUAAAUUGUUCAUCCUAACUGCAUAA